AUGCUUUCAACGCGCCGCAAACAACCAGAGGAAAGUAUUAUUGAAAUUAAUAUCGACAAGGUCUUUGCAUACAAUGGAAUUACUAACCCCAAGAGUUAUUACACCGUUGAGACAGAUUCUGGUGGAUAUUUCAUUCAUUGUGAUACCAAAUCCAAUGAAGUGUAUGCUCUAUACUUCCAUCCAACACUUCGUCAUCAAGUCUCUGUCAAAGACAGUUGGGGGUGUAUUCACGUCGUCAGAGUCUCUCAACCGGGAUACUGGGCUGUUGCUCAUGCCAAGAAACGAUUUGCAAAAUUAAGUCCUGCUUAUUACCCAUAA